CGGAUGCACGGAGCCCGGCCCUCCAGCCGGCGCCCGCACUGAUUGGCGCUCGCGGCCGGCCUCCAGCUGGCUCACCUGCCCCUCCCAGCCAAUCGGGGCCACCAGAAUUGGGGCUGUCGCGGGGAGGGGGAAGAUGCUGCCGGCUGGAGUCUGAGCCGCCCUCCCUGCCGAGUUCCCGCCCGGACCGCCUCCAUCCCGAGCCCGAGCCGCAGGCUGCGCGCCCCGCGCCCCCUCGGCGCCGCGCUCCCGCGGCCCGGCCUCUCCGCGUCUCCGCUGGCUGCGCGCCCCGACGGCGCCCGGAGCCGCCCGCCGACGCCGCCUCCCCGUAGCCUCCCCCGGAGCCCCGCGUCCGUGCCUGCCCCGGGCGUGGGUGGGCCGGGCCGGGGGCAGCUCCGCUGAGGCAGCAUGUUCACGUCCAAGUCCAACUCGGUGUCGCCCUCGCCGUCCCUGGAGCAGGCUGACUCGGACGCGCUGGACAUCAGCACCAAAGUGCAGCUCUACGGCGUGCUGUGGAAGCGGCCCUUCGGGAGGCCGUCGGCCAAGUGGUCCCGGCGGUUUUUCAUCAUCAAAGAGAGCUUUCUUCUUUACUACUCUGAGAGCGAAAAAAAGAGUUUUGAAACCAAUAAAUACUUCAAUAUACAUCCUAAGGGUGUCAUCCCUCUGGGGGGCUGCCUGGUGGAGGCCAAGGAAGAGCCCAGCAUGCCCUAUGCCAUGAAAAUUUCCCACCAGGACUUCCACGGAAACAUCUUGCUGGCUGCCGAGUCAGAGUUUGAGCAGACCCAGUGGCUGGAGAUGCUGCAGGAGUCUGGGAAGGUGACUUGGAAGAACGCCCAGCUGGGAGAAGCCAUGAUCAAAAGCCUGGAGGCCCAGGGGCUGCAGUUGGCCAAGGAGAAGCAGGAGUACUUAGACAAACUGAUGGAAGAGACCGAAGAACUCUGCCUUCAGAGGGAGCAGAGAGAGGAGCUCGAGCGCCUUAACCAGGUGCUGGAGGCCGAGAAGCAGCAGUUCGAGGAGGUGGUGCAGGAGCUGAGAGUGGAGCAGGAGCAGAUCAAGAGGGAGCUGGAACUGACUGCGAGAUGUCUCAAGGGUGUGGAGCAAGAGAAAAAGGAGCUGAGGCGCCUCACAGAGUCCCUGCAGCAGACGCUGGAGGAACUCUCCAUAGAAAAGAAGAAAACCCUGGAAAUGCUGGAGGAGAAUGAGAACCAACUGCAGACACUGGCCAGUCAGAGUGAGCAGCCCCCUCCCAGCGGGGGUCUCCAUAGCAACCUAAGGCAGAUCGAGGAGAAGAUGCAGCAGCUCUUGGAGGAGAAGCUCCUGGCGGAGAAGCGGAUGAAGGAGAACGAGGAGCGCUCGCGGGCCCUGGAGGAGGAGCGGGAGUUCUACUCCAGCCAGUCCCAGGCGCUGCAGAACUCGCUGCAGGAGCUGACGGCACAGAAGCAGCAGGCCGAGCAGGAGCUCAAGGCUGAGGUGAAGGUCCGCAUGGACCUGGAGAGGCGUCUGCGGGAGGCAGAGGGGGCCUUGCGGAGCCUGGAACAAGGGCUCAACUCCAAGGUGCGGAACAAGGAGAAGGAGGAGAGGAUGCGGGCUGACGUGAGCCAUCUGAAAAGGUUCUUUGAGGAGUGCAUCCGGAACGCGGAGCUGGAGGCCAAGAUGCCGGUCAUCAUGAAGAACUCCGUGUACAUCCACAAGGCGGCCACUCGCCGCAUCAAGAGCUGCCGCUUCCACCGGCGCCGGUCCAGCACCUCCUGGAAUGACAUGAAGCCGUCUCAGUCCUUCAUGACCUCCCAGCUGGAAGCCAACAACAUGGAGGAGCUGAAGGAGGUGGCCAAGCGGCUCAGCCGAGACCAGCGCUUCCGGGAAUCCAUCUACCAUAUCAUGGCGACCCAGCCUGGACCAGCCUCAGCGCUUCCCCGGGGCGGGAAGUGAUGGGCUCUCCUCCCCUGCCUCCCAAGUCUUUCCUCAGUGGGGGCGGGGAAGCGGCGGCAGGGGGAGGCCUGACUCUUACCUGGCUCCUCUCCACUCUCUUCUGGGCCAGAGCUCCACCUUGGGGUCAGCCUCACCCUGAAAGCACAGGGGCACCACCCACCUCACCUCCACCCCAGACCCUACCCUUGGGUGUACACUGGGCCCAUGCAGGCCCAAGCUGGGUGCUGCCUGGUUGUCACAGUGAGGCGAGGAAGGGUCCUGGAUGUAGGUGGGGACUUUUUCUGGUUGGAGAGCCCACUGUGCCUCUCUGUGACUCUGACACCUUGCCCAUCCACGUGUGUGAAGGCCUCCCCUCCCCACCUCAACACUUGCCUCCCCUGGGGUUCCUAACCCUUCAGAGACCCAUAGACAUCCCUCAGCCAAGGCCCCUCACUUGGACCGCAUCAUGGGUAGGGAAGAAAGGGACCUAGCACAGCAGCUUCUGGACUCAUGGCACACCACACUUGCCAUGGUACCACCUUUCCUGAGGUUGGGCCCUGGCUGUGGGACCACCCACUCUCUCCCCUCCUCAGGUGAGCUCACCCACCUGCAGCCUCAGCACCCUAUGAGGGUGGUGUGACAACCCCCCCACGCCCCCACCCCCACUGUAUCUCUCCUGCAUAAGUACCUAGGACCCUGGGUCCUGGGCCCUGGCUGGGAGCUGGGGCCAGCGGCGAUGCUGAGGGCUCUCCCAGAGGACGCGUAGCAAGUCAGGGAGUGAACGAAGGCGGCCCUGGCUCCUGCAUGAUCUCCUGGUUGGGCAGGGAGGCAGCUCCCUCUGGCUACAGGGGCCCUGCUGGUCCAUGGGAUCACAGAAAUCUCCCUCUCAGCUGCCCCUGCUUCCAUCGCCUUGCUGCCCCCUCUCCCUGCAGAAGCUUUACCCAGGGAGGCAAUAUGAUCACGAACCUGGAAGAUGGGGGCCUGGACCGUGACAAGGCCGGUAGCCAUUGGUGGCUCUGUGUCCUCGGGUGAAGCUGAAACACUAUGUGCAGCUUGUGUGGAAGACCACCACCCUGCAGGGGGCUGAGGGCUGGGGGUGUGUCCCUCACCCGUGGACAGACGGUCGGCCCUGCUCUUCUCCCUCCAGGCUCUCCCUCCCAAGCUGCCUGAGGUCUCCCCAGAAAAGGAGUCUACCUGGGAUCGGGGUGCUCAGGGACACUGGGGGUAUUAAAGGUGCUGAUUCUCUGCUGCUUGGAAAACUGAGCGAGGAGCCCAGAGAUGGACAGAAGCCCCAGGGAGCCUGCAGCCUGGUCUGUGGGAAGAGUGUUGCUGACUCAAGCAGUGCAUGUCCACCGCUGGGCUAGCCACCAGGCAGAUCUGCCCAGCUCUGGGCUAACGGCUGCCUGGUGAAACUAAUCUCCACCAUCCGUUCUCGAGGGGGGGGCAGUGAACUUUGCCGGCUUCAGCCAGUCUCUGCGGAGUCUAGGAAGGGACAGGGAGGAGGCAUCUGAAAAGGAUGAGUCUAAAUGUAAAAGCUCACGUAGAAAUCUGCAUAAAUCUGGAGCUCGUUUAAUAUGUAUGUAGGAUGGACUUUGCAGUGAAGAGGAAGAUUUAUAAAACCAAUUACUGUUUUAUUUUUUGUUUGUUUUUAAAGAAUUAGAUUAAUAAUGGUUUGCUCAUGGAGAAAGGUCUUUUGGAAAUUUUCAAAUGCAUUUUUUUUUUCCCUGGGCAAGUUAUUAACCAGAAAGGAGGGUGCUUUUCCAUGCACAUUCACCAAUCCCUGAUUCCUUUUCUCCUAUUUCACCUAGUACUUUCCAUGCCUCAGGCAAGCGGGGUUAUCUUCAAUCAGUUAAUCAAUCUGUAAGUAUUUGUUAAAAACUCACUAUGUACCCAGCACUGUAAAUAGAAAAAGAGCAACAUCUCUAUAUGAAAAUAUGAAAGGGUGGAAAUUGCUUGCUGGAAAUAUAUUGAUCUGAUUUUUUUUUUUUUUUUUUUAAACCCUUACUCCUUGGCCAAUUAAAUGUGUUUCCUACAGUCUG